AUGGGAAAGAGCGACCAGUACUUCCCCAACGCAGAAUUGUGGGAUCCGCACCGAUGGGAAAGCAUGGCGGAUCCGAAGGACGGGGAGAGAGAGAAGAUGGAUUACGGAUACGGUCUCUUGUCUACCGGAGCCGAUAGCACGUACCUGCCCUUUGGCGCGGGCAGGCAUAGGUGUAUUGGCGAGCAGUUUGCGUAUUUGCAGUUGAGUAUUGUUCUGAUUGUUAUGGUGCGGGAGUUCAGGUUGAGGAAUGAAGAUGCGUGGAACUUGAUCAGUGAGGACUACUGGAGAAAUCGUCUAGCAGGAUUCUCAUCUUUCCAAAUCAGCCACGACAACUACAGGGACGCGGGGAGUUGA